CGUCCUGCUUCCUGCCUUUGCUGAGGGAGAGGACGCUGCUGACGGCUGGGAGGACGAGAGGAGAAGACAGGAAAAGCUUUUAGGGGGACCAGAGAGUCUCGGUAAAAAUAAACAUUGCAAAAAAAAAAUUUGUCACCGUAUCGCGCUGAAAAAAAAUGUCGACCAGUCGUCAGCUUAGCGAGUGCAGGGCCAUCCACAGGACGGUGUUGAUCAACGACACAACGCAGCUACCUCAUGACUAUUGCACCACCCCUGGAGGCACUUUAUUCUCUACCACUCCCGGAGGAACCCGGAUCAUCUACGAUCGUAAGUUCCUCCUGGACAGGCGUAAUUCUCCCAUUGCCCAGACUCCCCCAGCUCACCUGCCUGUCAUCCCCGGAGUGACCAGCCAAAAUGUCCUGAGAGAGAACAAGAAGAAUGAAGCCAACAACCACAUCAACAACCAUGAUGGCAAGCCCACAACCGGUGAUGAUGCUCAGUUUGAAAUGGACAUCUAACCGACUGGAACCGCACCAGCAAAAGCAAAUGACCUGGCAUCACAUGUGCCAGUGGCUUGGCUUGUAGAAACCAAUGUUGUGAGCCCUCAUGGCAGCCAUCUUCUUUAGCUCUCUGUCUCGCUGCUGGAUGUAAUGUGUGUAAACCCAUGGGGAUUCAGUGUAUCAUACGUACAUGUGUAGUUGGGCCAACUCUGGAAACUAUGUUUAUUUGUAUAGAUUUCCCUGGUUACCAGUCGCUGUACAAACCACACAAUGAGGGAGCCGGCCUGAAUAUUAUGUACCCAGACACUUUGUCCAAUUCACAGAUUGCAGUGCUCAUCUUCCAGCUUUCUGUGAGUCCGGAUCUUUAACAGAGCACACUAUAAAACUCACAGGAUUCCAAGUUAAUUGGGAGAGGUCAUUUUUAGUACCGGCUUUAGAAUUAGUCAAAAGCUUUGAUUUUCAUCACAGUCUUUAGUUUUGUUUUGAAGACAUUGUAUGCAUGUUAUUUACGUGAUUUGUAUGUCUUUUUGGUUUUUGGAACUACUUGAAAAGCUCCACAAUCUAUUAUCGAUUGUUUGGUCUGUUUAGUUUCCAGUGAUGUAUGCAAAGGGAUGCUAUUGUGGUUUUUAUUUUGCAAUUAGGUGAAAAUGCCAUUCCAAGACUUCCAUUUCCAUUACCAACACAAGCCUGUGAACAAAGUUUCCAAAACUUUAAAAAAAGGAAUGUUAGGCAAAAAAAAUACAGAUGUCUUUUAUGCAUUUUUGUUUCUUAUUAUUGAGCGCAUUUGUUUGGGUAUUAGCACUGUCAAGCCUUUUUGGAUGAAGUGUCAAAGAACCAGAAGACAUUGUUUUCAGCAGGCUUGAUCAUCUACAGUACAUAUAUGUGCCCCAGUGUCCUUAACCCAUCGGACAAUACCUUAUUCUGUACACGUGUCAUGUCUGUCCAUGCCUUACACAUAUCAAAUGCAGUAACUUAAAUUAGGUUCCUAGUCAUCAAUGUGUACUUUCCAACAGAUGUUUAUUUUUUCACUGUGACAUUGAACAGGUAACAUUGUUCCCGGCAAUUUGGCAAAACAAGUAUGUUUUAUUGUUUUAAAAAAAAUGACUAUUAUAAUUUUUCCUUCCUCAAGCAGCUGUGAAGUCUGGUGUGGCAGCACACAUUUAAUUUGGGAAUUCCGAAGUUCAGAUAGCGAUGGUUUAAAGACUGCCACAUGCUCACUUUGUCCAAAUAAUUAGUUUGUUUGUGUUACACCACAGUCAUAGUCAUGUCUGUUAUUUGUACAGUGUCCAAGUAGCAGUUCUUUACUUGGAAAAUACAUCACCAGGAGGUGACCAUUUUUACUGAAAAUUAAUUCACAACACAAUAUUAUUUCUCUAUACGAGUGGGACCACUGAAUGGCUGAAAUGAUGUCUAUCAAAGGUUUUCUUUUUGGCUUUGUAAUUCAUUCUGGCCAUGUUUGGUGACACAUACAUUCAGUGGUUGCUUGAACCCAAUUUGGCACUUUUGGCAGUAAAACUUUGUAUAACAUCAUCAUAAUUCCUCUAGCAGAUUCAUUUCAAAUAAGUUUGGUUUGACAAUGAGGGCUUAACAUUGUGUGUUGAAGGGGAUUUGAAACAAAACUUACUGUAACUUUCUGCUCUUAUUUUAAGUAACUUUAUUUUAAAUGAAACUCCAAUGCCAGUGGACUCUGUUGCUGCAAGAUCAAUAAAG